AUGGGUACUCAUAUCAAUUUCAACAACUUAGGUGGAGAUUCUUCUGGAGGCAAUGGGAGUAACAAUAUUAAUAAUAAUAAUCAGUCAAAGCCAUUGGCGAGGCAGUCUUCGUUAUACACCUUAACGUUUGAUGAGCUUCAGAACACAUUAGGUGAGCCAGGGAAAGAUUUCGGGUCAAUGAAUAUGGAUGAGCUUCUCAAGAACAUAUGGUCUGCUGAGGAAACUCAAGCCAUCAUGACUACUACGUCUUCGAUUGCAGCCGUGCAACCUAGUGGUGGCUUUGCUCCUGGAGGGAAUCUUCUGCAGAGGCAAGGCUCGCUGACUCUGCCUAGAACGCUUAGCCAGAAAACAGUUGAUGAGGUGUGGAAACACGUGAUGUCCAAAGAGAGUGGUAAUGGAGAUAUGGGGAAUAGCUGUGGCUCUGAUGCACCUGGGAGGCAACAGACUCUAGGGGAAAUGACUUUGGAGGAUUUCUUGCUACGCGCUGGCGUUGUGAAAGAGGAUAAUAAUAACUCUACUCAGCAGGACGAAGAGCGUGGAGGGUUUUAUAGUAACAACGGUGCUUCUGCUGGUUUGGGGUUUGGGUUUGGUCAGCCAAAUCAAAACAGCAUAUCUUUCAGCGGCAACAACAGUUCUAUGGUCUUGAAUCAGUCACCUGGUUUAGGCCUUAAAGUGGGUGGAGCAAUGCAGCCGCAGCAGCAGCCACCACAUCAGAGGUUGCCACCAACUAUCUUUCCAAAGCAAGCGAAUGUAACAUUUGCAGCGCCUGUGAACAUGGUGAAAAAGAGUUUAUUCGAGGUUGGUGAUGGUCCGGUCAAUAAUAAUGGCGGUUUUGGUGGUAUGGGGGGAGGAGGAGGGGUUACUGUUGCAGCUACUUCUCCCGGGACGAGUAGUGCAGAAAACAAUGCUUGGUCAUCACCGGUUCCUUACGUGUUUGGUCGAGGAAGAAGAAGCAACACGGGACUGGAGAAGGUUGUCGAGAGAAGGCAGAAGAGAAUGAUCAAGAAUCGAGAAUCAGCUGCUAGAUCAAGGGCUCGGAAGCAGGCUUACACCUUGGAACUCGAAGCCGAGAUUGAAAAUCUCAAGCAACUGAAUCAAGAUUUGCAGACAAAACAGGCUGAAAUUUUGAAAACCCAGAAUAACGAGCCAAAAGAAUCGUCUAAGCAGCCGCCAUGGCUGGCGAAAAGGCAAUGCUUGAGAAGGACCCUUACUGGUCCU